AUGUGUGUUCUCCUGCCUGUAGCCCUGAGUGGCGCUCAUUUAGCAGUCCAGGUGGCCCCUCUUCCUGAGUGGGCCUGGCACCCUGUCCCUCUGACCUCCAACCCCCCAGGGCUGACUGAGUCCUGGUCGUCGCGCUCGUCUGAUUGCCCACCUGGAUCACCACAUGCGCUCACACCCCCGGCAGACCCGGGGGACUUUGAUUACCUGGGAUCCUCUGCUGCCUCCCGGAUGUUGCCAGAUCAGUUUGCUGUUUCGCACCAGGAUCUGCCUGACAAGCUAGCUCGGCAACAAAGGCUCCCGGAGACGAGUUCAAAAGCAACAAAGUUUGUUGUUUCACCCCUGAAGGAGAAGAAAGAUCUAGCUCAGCAUCCGUGGCUUGCUAAGGUUGUUGGAACUCCACACCAAUUUGCAUCCAAACCUAAGCAUCAGAAACAAAUCUUGCAGGAUGAUAAUGGACUUUCGAGUAUGUAUAUAGUUUAUCCUGCAUUUCCUCUAGAAUCCCAGAAGGACCCAGAUGAGCGUCCAGAGGCCACCGAGCCAGUUGAAACUAAUCAAUUACAGCAAGAGGCCCUAUCUCAAAACCUAGAGACCCCUGAAGAGAUCCAAUCCUCCUCCAGUGAACAGGAGCAGCCAGCUCAGCCUUCUGGGUCUCCUGGAGAGAUUGAAACUUCUCUGGUUCAGCAAGAGGCCCCAUUUCAAGCUCCAGGGUCCCCUAUGAAAAGUAUAGCUCAAACUCUACCAAAUCAUGAGGUGACGGUUCAACCUCCAUCCACAUCAGGACCAAAUGUAGCACACAAACCUGCGGAUGUGGUCAUUACCACAACUACACAGCCUACCAUGGAGGUUGAAACUUCUCCAGGCCAGCAGGAGACCCCAGCCCAGCCUCCAGGCGCUCCUCUGGAGCAGGAACAACCAGCUCAGUCUCCAGAGUAUCAUGAAGUGACAGUUUUGCCUCCAGGUCAAACUCAGCAUUUAAACUUGCCCAAUAUCACUAUUACCCCAGGUCUGCAGCGUUCCAUAACAGCAGAAGCUGCUGCAGAGGUGGGAACUUUUCCAAUCUGCCAUGAGUCUACAGCUCAGCCCUCAGUGCUAACUAAUGAUGUGGAACCUUCUACAACCCAGCAGGAGGCCCCAACUCUGCCUCCAGGGUCUUCUGAAGAGGUUGAGCCCUUACCAGUUCAACAAGAGGCUCCAGUUCAAUCUCCAAAACCUGUUAAGGAUAAGAAACCCUCUUUAAGCCAGCAGGAGGCUGUGGCUGAAUAUGCACAGACCACUGAGGAGCUUGAACCAUCUGUGAGCCAGCAGCAGGUCCCAGGUCUGCCACUAGAGCCCCCUAAAGAGGCCAAGCCUUCUCCAGUCCCCCAGGAGGCUGCAGCUCCACCUUCAGAGCCACCUAAGGAGGUGGAACCUUCUCCAGGUCAACAGGUGACCCCAUCUCAACCUGAAGAACUCCCUGAGAAGCCUGCAGAGCCCUCUGUAGUGGUGGAAUCUUCCCCAAUCCAGCAGGUGGCCCCAGCUCAGCCUCCAGAGCCACUUAAGGAAAUUGUAGCUCAAUCUCCAACACACUAUGAGAUGACAGUUCCAACACCAAGUCAGGAUCAAGCUCAGAAUCCAACAUUGCCCAGUAUCACAUUUCAACCUUUGGACGUGGAGAUUACCGUAAGUCCAGAACCCACUGUGGAGGCUGAACAUUCUACAGCUAUAAAGAAGACUACAGCUCCUUCUCCAAAGCCCCCUGAGGUAACAUAUCCACAUUCAGAUCAGGCCAAGGCCCAGCAUCCAAACCUGACUCAAGUUCAAAGUUCAAAGCUGAAAGCUCAACCUUUCAAUCUGGCACUUACCAUAACUCCAGUACCCACUACAGAGGUUGAACACUCUCCAACAACGCAGGAGACCCCAACUCAGCUUCCAGAGCCACCUACAGAGGUUGUAGCUCAACCUCCAGUGUAUCAAGAGGUGACAAUUUCAACAGCAGUUCAGGAUGAAGCUCAGCAUCCAACACUGCCCAACAUUACAGUUCAACCUUUGGAGCUGAAGUUUACCAUAACUUCACUACCCACUAUAGAGGUUGGACAUUCUACACCCCUGAAGAAGACUACAGCUCCACAUCCAAAGUUGACUCAAGUCACAGUUAAAUCUUUGGACCUGGAAUUUACCAUAACUACAGAACCUACUACAGAGCUGAAACCAUGCAGAAGACCCCAACUCAGCCUCCAGAGCCACCUAAGGAGAGUUUGUCCUUUAGACCUGGAGCUUACCAUAACUUCAGUAUCUACUACAGAGGCUGAGCAUUCUACAACCCUGAAGAAGACUACAGCUCCACUUGCAGACCAGGUUCAGACUUAGUAUCCAAACCUGACUGAAGUCACGGUUCACCCUUUUGAUCUGGAACUUACUAUAACUCAGAGCAUCAACCUAUGUGAGCUCUGUAUCUGCAGAGAUGAGACACUGUCCUGCACUGGUCUCAGCCCAGAGCAGAGGCUGCACUGAGUGCUUGUGCCAGAGCCCAAAACUUACAAUAGCACCUUCAUCAUCUUGAAAAAGGCAGCAGUGAACAGAGUUCUCAAGGGGCCAAGGGGCAUAAAGAAAAGGCACUUCAAAGAAGUGAGGGAUCAGAACAUCAAGAGGAAACAGAGUGGCCAGCCAUUUGUGGAGAAGGGUGCUAAAGAAAGAAAGCUCAGAAGACCAAACCCAAGGGAGCUGGAAAAACUUCACAUGGUGCAGAGGUCCAGGAAGUUAGUGGGAAACCCCUUCCAUACAGAGCCUUCAUUCACAGAGGAACAUAAGGCCACAGUCUCUUCCUUCCUGAAACAGUUCUCAGUGAGCAGGUCCUCUGCUUCCACCAGUGCAAAAUCCCUACCUAAGAUUAGAAACAAAGAUGCAAAUGCUAGAGUUAAAAAUAUGAAGGCUGCUAAACCAAUCUUACAUCCCAAAAAAAAUCACAAUUUUCAUAAAACUCACUCUCAUGUGGUCCACAGAACACCCAAGGCCAAACUGAGUCAAAAGCUCAGAAAGGAAGGUUCACUCAAGAGGCUGAUGUUUGCAAAGAGGCCUCCAUUCUCUGCAGUGGGGAGCUUUAUAAAUUCCUCUUUUUGAGGGGCUUUUUCAUCUUCAGGAGACCUGAGUUCUCAGGAAAAUCCUUUCCCAGAAUUAUUUGCUCUUUCAGAGCCUUCUAUAGAAAAAAACACUACUGCAAGAAAUACUUCCAAUAAAAAUGUUUUUGUAGAAAAUGCCACUCCCAAAGGCUUCACUUACCCAUUGCUUUCAUCCCCAGGUGAUCAAUUUUAACUUCAGCUAAACCAGCAGCUAGGAUCCCUCAUCUCUGACAAUGACAUGAGAAGAUUCAUUUCUCAUGUUAUCUUGACUUUGAAAAUGGACUUCUCUGAGCCCCAUGUACAAAUGACUUGUGCCAAGUUCAUCUCCAGAACAGGCCUCCUGAUGAAGCUUCUCAGUGAGCAGCAAGAAGUAAAGGUGUCCAAGGCAGAAUGGGAUAUAGACCAGUAGAAAACAGAGAAGUAUAUCAGUGACUGCACAGAAGCCCUGGGAGAACAGAAAGAUCAGGAGUCAUGUGAGCUCACUAAAGAAGUUCCAGGAUAUGGCUAUUACAACAAACUCAUCUUGGCAAUAUCUGUGACUGUCGUAGUGAUGAUUUUGAUUAUAGAGGGCUUUUUCUGGUUAAGGUGGCCGCUUUGGCUUAGGGAUAUAUAUAGACUUCUCAAUGCUACAUGCAAGAAAAACAUGGCCCAGAAGCUACAUGACAAGGAGUCUUCUGAUGAGGAUGAAAUUUUCAACAAGGGUCCAGGGUAA